CCGCCGGGAGCGACCCCCGAUCCCGCCGGGAGCGACCCCCGAUCCCCCGGGACCGCCGGGCCCUCUCCGGCUGCGGCAUGUUCGCGGACAGGACGGCACCCGGUGCCGACGUGCAGUCGCUGUGGAGGAGCGCCCGGAGCGCGCGUUGCGAGGCGAAAGCUUGCCAGACUGGGAAAAUUUCAACAGCAGAAGCUGCAGCACAGUCUCAUAUAGCCCGAGAUGCUGCAGUGCAGACAGAACAGAGCAAAGAUGCUGCCCAAGAUUUCCAGCAAGAAGUCCAAGUAGAUUACACUGGGCUUUUAUCAUUCCUUCAAAGAGUGGAGGAUGCUGUUAUCAAAGAGCUAAAUAAAAACUGGAAAAGUCAUGCCUUUGAUGGCUUUGAAGUGAACUGGACAGAUCAGGAUGAAACAGUGUUGUGUUUGCAUACACUGUCAUACCCAGAGGCUCAGGAUCGAAACCUGCAGGUCACCAGUGUUUCGUGGAAUGCCACGGGAUCUGUCAUUGCAUGUUCCUAUGGCCGGUUGGAUGAUGGGGACUGGAGCACAGAAAAAUCCUAUGUUUGUACCUGGAAUCUGGACAGAAGAGCGUUGAAUCCACAGCACCCUGACCUGGUGGUGGAUGUUCCCAGUUGUGUCAUGUGCCUGGCUUUCCAUCCCUCCCAGCCAUCGCUGAUAGCUGGUGGCCUGUUCAGUGGGGAGUUGGUGGUGUGGGACACCAGCAGGACAGAAGACCCUGUGAUCUGGAGGACAGGGAUGACAGAUGACACCCACACUGACCCAGUCUAUCAGGUUAAGUGGUUACCUGAACCCAAGCACAGAAGCCACGCCCGGCUGUUGAGUGCCGCCACAGAUGGGAAAAUCCUCGUGUGGAGGGAGGAGCAGGAUGGGCGGCUGGCCGUGGCUGAAGGAUUUGCCAUCGUGGCUCAGCAGAUCCCUCGCAGCACACGGCUGAAGAAGAUGGCGUGGGGAGAGGCAGCCGUGGGGGUGACCUCGCUGUCCUUCUCACACUUUGAUGCGGGUGUGUUCGUCGUGGGUGUGGAAGGCGGGUGUUCCCUGAGGUGCUCCGCCACGGCGCAGGCUCCGGCUCUCCCGCGGCCCGCGGGCUCCGUUCCCCUCAGGGCCCCGGCGGAAUUCGCCUUCUCCCCUCACGCUGGGCCCGUGUACUCCGUGAGCUGCUCGCCCUUCCACAGGAACCUCUUUCUGAGCUGUGGGACCGAUGGACAAGUUCACUUGCACUCCAUGUUGCAGGCACAGCCCCUCUUUGCUCUGCAGUUAUCAAAGAAAUACCUGUUCUGUGUAUGCUGGUCUCCAGUUCGACCACUGGUUUUUGCAGCUGCGUCUGGGGAAGGAGAGGUGCACCUGUUUGACCUGGCGAGGAGCAUGCAGAAGCCCACAGUGUCCCUGAAGCAGUCCACGAGCGGCUGCCCUGUGUAUUGUUUGGAAUUCAACACCAAGCACACGCGGCUCCUGGCAGCAGGGGAUGCUGCUGGGACAGUCAAAGUCUGGCAGCUGAGCUCCGACUUCACAGAGCAGGGACCAAGGGAAAUGAGUCACCUGGAGCAGCUGGCAAAUGAGAUCAUGGACUGAGGGAGCAGCACAACAGCAAGGUGAAGCUUUAACUGCCCUGACUCCAGAACAGUUCCCCACUCACCUAUUCCAGUGUUGGCCUGGAAAACACAGGUAACCAACAGCUGGAGUUGCCUCCAUAUAACAGUUAAAUUUGCAUUUAACCAUUAAACACAAGAUGAUGUGGUUCGACCAG